AUGAUGGGCAAUCUCCAUUAUGGUUCUCUGGAACAACUGCUGACAGAACUUGAAGAAUUUCUGAAGAUACUAGAUAAAGAGAACCUCAGCAGCACAGCUGUAGUCAAAAAAAGUUUUCUGGCUGACCUCCUUCGGCUGUGCACAAAAUCAAAUGGUGGUGAUGAAGAAUACAUUUAUAUGAACAGAGUAACCAUAAAUAAACUACAUGGGGAACCAGAAAAAGCCGACAAAGGUUACCAAGAUUUGUUGACUAAUGGAGAAAUGGAGCAGUAUUUGUAUCCUCCACAGAAAAGCUUGCCAGAUCUUCCACAUUCAAAAAUAAUUCCCGAAUCAAAACUACAAUUGGGCCUCAAAAAUGAAUCUCCAGAAGGGUACUAUGAAGAAGCUGAGCCUUACAGUGUUUCUAUGAAUGAUGAUGAAGCUGUCAGCAGCUCUUAUGAAUCCUACGAUGAGGAAGAGAGGAUUAAAGACAAGCCAGCCUCUCAUCAGUGGCCAUCACCUGAAGCAUCUAUUGAACUUAUGAAAGAUUCCCGGAUCUGUGCUUUUCUCUGGAGAAAAAAAUGGUUGGGCCAGUGGGCCAAGCAGCUUUGCAUGAUUAAAGACAACAGACUGUUAUGCUACAAGACUUCCAAAGACCAUAGUCCUCAGCUGGAUGUUAAUUUGGUGAGCUGUAGUGUCAUUCACAAGGAGAAGAAUCUGAGAAAGCAGGAACAUAAGCUGAAGAUCAUCCCCAUGAAUGCAGACGUGAUUGUCUUGGGUUUGCAAAGUAAAGACCAAGCAGAACAAUGGCUCAGAGUAAUCCAAGAAACAAGUGGUCUCUAUCCAGAGGGGCCAUGUGAAGGAAAUCAGUACGUUCCAGAUGUCCAGCGGUUCAAUAACCCAAAAGUGGAGCCAUCAGAGAGUGGAAGCAACACUGAUGGUCACAUGGAGCUGGUGGAAACAAAAGAUGCUAAGAAGAAAUGCACACCUGGGUUAAAAUUUAGCAACCUGAUGAAUCUUGGGAGAAAGAAGUCUUCCUCCAUGGACAAUCCAGAAAGAUCUUUGGAUACCUGCACAUAUUUAAAUGUACUGGUGAACAGCCAAUGGAAAUCCUACUGGUGCCAUGUGAAGGAUGGCCAGCUCCACUUCUACCAGGACAAAAACAGAAACAAGGCAGCUCAACCAGCUUUGAACUUGAUGGGAUGUGAAAUCAUCCCAGACCCAAGCCCUGACCACGUCUAUUCAUUUCGUAUCCUGCACAAGGGUGAAGAAUUGGCCAUGUUAGAGACAAAGUCUUCUGAAGAAAUGGGCCAUUGGCUUGGUGUCCUUUUGUCAGAAUCUGGCUCUAAAACGGAUCCUGAGGAACUUACUUAUGAUUAUGUUGAUGCUGACAGAAUUUCCUGCAUUGUCUCUGCAGCAAAAAACUCAUUAUUCUUAAUGCAAAGAAAGCACUCUGAACCCAACACUUACAUUGACAACCUGCCAAAGAGAAUGGGGAACCAAGAAGAACUCUAUGAUGAUGUGGACAUUCCAGAGGCUACCAUGGAAGCUGUGUCUCCAAAUGGAAGUAAAUGUGAAGGGGAACAAGACAGAGUCUAUCUAGACCUCACUCCAGUGAAAUCCUUGUUGCCUGGAGCUGGCUCAAAGCAGGGUCAGUCUACUCCUUCAGUGUCUCCACCUUUACAAAGAUCUAUGAGCAAGAGUUCGGUGGAUUUUGAGAAAGACUCAGCCAUGGUGCAAAAAGAGCCAGAACUAAACAGAAUUGCAAUGGAAAUUCCAGAGCAGAGGCCUCCAGACAUAGAUGAGGUACCACCUCCAUGGACAGGUACAGUAAAAAUCCAGACACAACAGCAGCAAAUUAUAUUUCCUCAGAGUGACCCCACUGUGAUUAUGGCUGCACCAAAGGAAAAAACAGAAAAGCCCAAAGUGAUGAAUCCAGCCCCUGUAGAAACAAAACUAGGCAAGAACAGAACUGAGGCGGAAGCGAAGCGAUAUUCAGAGGAGAGAGACCGUUUGGAGAAAGACAAAGAAGAAAUCCGCUCUCAUCUGACAAACCUUCGAAAAGAGAAAAGGGAACUGAAAGAGAUGAUGAUGAACUGCUCAGAUAAGACUAAGUUGUCUACAAUGGAACAGAAGCUAAAAGAGAUAGAAGAAGAAUGUAAGAAAAAAGAAGAUCAGCGUGUUGACUUGGAACUAAGACUUGUUGAAACAAAAGAGAAUCUCAGGAAAGCGGAGUCUGGUCCAGUUACACUUGGCACCACAGUGGAUACCACACAGAUGGAAAACACAAGUCCCAAAAUAAAAGUUGCUAAUCCUACGAAUAACUCAGAAAAUUCACCUGUCAAUUCAGCAGUGGCAUUAAAAAACCGCCCUUUAUCUGUCAUGGUCACAGGGAAAGGAACAGUUUUGCAGAAAGCAAAGGAAUGGGAAAAGAAAGGUGCUAGUUAGGAAAUCCUAGCCUCAAGAAAAGACUGAAGAUUCAGAUUGGUUCUUUGUGGACUACAGAAGCCUACUGCCAGUAGCAAAAAUGUCCAGAUGAAGAAAGCAUGGCAAGUGGGGAACUGUAUCAUACUCUCUGGAAGAAACAAUGAACCUUGGCCAGAUGCCAGUAUGAACUUCCUUAGACUAAGGCUGUUACUCCUUUUAGCAGACUUGCACUGUGUAGCUAGGACAGAUAACCCAAAUGGAAACAGUACUUCUAACCUUACUGGUAUCCUGAAACUGUUGCUGUAUAUAAGGAAGCUUUUGUCUACUUUUAGUAUGGUGUUUUAUCACUGUACAGUCUAGGAUUUGUCGUUAAAAUGACUUUUAGUUGGACCUGUUUAAUAUUUCUGUAGCAUACCAAGGCAUGAUAGGAGACAGAAGAGGUAAAGUUGAGCUUCACAUCAGCCAUUUCUUUAGGAGAGAAGUGUUCUUCACCAAUGAAGCAAAUUUGAAUAAUACUUCUGUAGAAUUCCAAUUAAAUGCAGCUGUUCUGGCAAACACAACAUCCACAGGAGAAAGUGUUAGGCGCUCAAGUUCAAAAGUUCAGCUGGCAAACCAAGUUUAUUCAGAUGCCCUAAUUUCAGAUUAGGUGAUCUAUUGCUCAGCAUAAUGACCUUAUAUGAUCCAUGGAUUUGAACAUGCCAUUUAUUUUAUUAAAUAAUUUUAUUACACCAGUAUGGCCUUUCCACCCUGUAUAAUUCGAUACAGAAAAACCAAAUGCUAUUAAGUUCAGGAAAAUACAACAGAAAUUCUCAUUUAAAGUUAGAAUGGAUUCUUCACCAAAUAUACCAGAUUCUAUAUUUUAUUCUUGAAUAGGAAUAAUUUUUCAUGAUAUAUGAACAGAAAACAUUAUUGCUAGGAAGCUACUGUCAGGAAAGUACUGAAAUGAUUUAGUGGGAUUUUGAUAUCUGAGCACCAUUCCAGACAAUCAUGAUACUGUGGAAUAGAUGUGCCACAUUAAUUAUUUGCUUGUUGCAGGAACUCCAGACAUCACGUUUCCCAUUAUAAUGGGCCAACAGCAUUGCAUUGCCUUGGAAACAAAAGCAUCAUUUAUCACAAAGAAAAUAUCAAGACUUUAGAUCAGGAGUGUCCAACUUUGGCAACAUUGUGGAUUUCAAUGCUUAGAAUUCCCCAGACAACCACAGGUCUUAAAGUUGCUAAAGUUGGACACCAUUGCUUUAGAUAAUAUUUAUAUCGAUAGAUGUUUCUAUACUGAUUGGUUAGCAUUCAUUAAGUCAGUGACAAUCCUACUGCUCUACCCUGGAUUAUUUUACAGCAUCUUAGCCAGAGCUCUUUCUCUUCCGAACUAAAUAUAUGGGCUACUCCAUCCAUCAGAAGCCCUUUGCUCAUAUGUGUAUACAAUUUCAAUUCUAAGAAUCCAUCUAAGGAUUUGACUGGCUUAUCAUAUAUUUAUUCUUAGACAUCUAAAGCUCAAAUACCUCUUGUUGGAUUACAUCAGGAAGUAGUCUGAAAAAGUGGAUGGAAAGUCGAGAUUAGCAGCAGAAAUAAAUCUCUAGCAGUCUUCAACUGUGUGGUUCUUUCAUACCCUGAAUGACCACAAAUGUAAAUGCUACAGGUGUUUAAGGUCAUAUGCAAGUAAAAAUAUCUUUUAGGGUUGCCAUCUAAGGUAGCCAUCUAAGGUUAUCUAAGGUUUUCUAAGGCUGUGUAUUAGUAUAUGAGAAUGACAUUUUAUAGACAACAUGCAGACUUAAGGGGUUGCAGGACUGUUUUUAAAAAGUACCUUGGAUCCAACCAGUUGAAGAGAGGCAGGUAGUUAAUUAAUGAAACCUAAGACUGCUCUUGUAUAUGUGCUUUCAGGGCCAGUAAACAGUGUUUUAUGAUGUCUGUAUCACAUGUUAGUGUAAGCAAAUAUCAAUGUGUUAGAGCAGGGCUGUCAAACUCCCAGCCCAUGGAUCAGGUGCAUCAUGUGCUGGCCAUGUAUCCACCCAGUUUAGCAAAGGGGUGAAAAAGUCCCAAUAUGUCACAUGACGCCACCAUGAUGACAUGCGUUUGACAGCCCUGUGUUAGUGAGAGUGAGUUAAAAUGCCUCCAGACUUUGAAGCCCUGACAACUAGAAGCAUCAAUAGAAAAGGUACUAGAGGAGUAGCAACUGACUCAUUUACUCCACUCAGUUCAAAUAGGUCAUUUCAGACCAUAAAGUUGUGUGUCUCAACCAAAGUACCAUGGCUGAUGGUGUCAGCUAAAACAGCAAUUCAAAUCAGAUCCAAAGCUUUCUUUUAAAUAACUGUAGAAUUGUUAUUAUGUUCCUAGCUUUUUUAAAAAACAAAUUAUUAUACAAGUGUCUUUUUAGUCAGUUGCCAUUUCAGAUUUUUAAAUAAAAGUGUUGGCUGUAUUUUAAA